AUGACUUCUACGCCAGCUGAGAAUGGCUGUCAAACACCACCGAGAUCUGUCCCGACAUCGGGCACAAAUACAAAUAUCCUCAAGUUUGGAGGAACCAGUGUGGGCAAGUUUCCGCACGCUAUAGUCAAUGUCGUCAAGCAAAGUCAGCAGGAAAGCGACGUUGCCAUCGUCUGCUCUGCCAGGUCGAGCAGCACCAAAGCCGCUGGGACUACGAAUCGCCUGCUUCGCGCCGCCACAGAUGCAGAGCAUCAUCGUCCGUACGCCCAUCUCAUUGAUGCCGUCAGGACCGAUCACCUGCAGGCUGCGCAGGACCACGUCAAAGACGCCGAGAUUUGCUCGAGGUUGAAGCAGGAGAUUGAAGAAGAAUGUACACUUGUGCUCCGCAUUCUCGAGGCUGCGCAGACUCUGGGCGAGACUAGUCCACGUUCUCGUGAUAAGGUCAUGAGUGUGGGCGAAAAGCUGAGCUGUCGUUACAUGACUGCUCUGCUUCAGGAUGCCGGUGUAGAUGCUGAGUACAUCGAUGUGGCCGAGGUGGUCGACUUCAAAGUUCCUCACAGCUUGGACCAGGAGUUCUACGACAAUGUUGCUGUGGCUCUCGCGAAGCGGCUGGGGAACAUGCACGGCAAAGUGCCUGUCAUCACAGGCUACUUUGGCUCGAUCCCACGAGGGCUUCUCUCCACAGUCGGCCGUGGCUACACUGACCUCUGCGCUGCCCUCGUGGCAGUCGGCAUACGGGCGAAAGAGUUACAGAUCUGGAAGGAGGUAGACGGCAUCUUCACUGCUGACCCGCGGAAAGUGCCAACAGCUCAAUUGAUUCCUCAGAUCACACCUGCCGAGGCCGCCGAGCUAACCUUCUACGGGUCUGAGGUGAUCCAUCCCUCGACCAUGGACCAGGUGAUACGAGCGCGAAUUCCCAUUCGCAUCAAGAACGUCGUCAAUCCUCGAGGUGGAGGCACAAUCAUUUACCCAGAUGCCCCAGUGGUCCGUGGCUACGAUUCUCCCAAAUACUCGCCCAGGCUCUUCCGCUCCCGCAGCUCAAGCGUCCAAUCGCACAAAGUCGGACCGAAGCGACCAACAGCCGUUACGCUGAAGCACAAGAUCCUGGUCAUGAACAUCCACUCGAAUAAACGCUCUCUUUCACAUGGCUUCUUCGCUGGCAUAUUCUCCACACUUGACAAAUGGCGUCUGUCAGUGGAUGUCAUCUCGACAAGUGAGGUCAAUAUCUCCUUGGCUUUGCAUUCAGAAGCACCGCUGUAUACGGGAGGCGGUGACAACGAAUACGAAAUUGUGGACCACGAUCUGCGUGGCGCAAUCGAGGAAUUGCGUCAAUUUGGAGCUGUCGACAUUGUUCCCGAUAUGGCCAUCGUGAGCUUGGUAGGCAAGCAGAUGAAGAACAUGAUGGGCAUUGCGGGCAAGAUGUUCUCCACGCUGGGUGAGCACAACAUCAAUAUUGAGAUGAUCUCGCAAGGUGCCAGCGAAAUCAAUAUCUCUUGCGUUAUUGAAGAGAGGGAUGCGGACAGAGCACUCAAUACUCUGCAUACCAAUUUGUUCACCUUCCUGGAUCCUUGA